CAGCGGCCGCCGUCGGCGGAGGCGUGCGGCGGGCUGGACGCGGCCGGAGAGAUGGCGCUGCCGGCGGCCGGCGAGCGGGGCGACGCGGACCUCGGGCGCUAUCGCUCGCCCCUGGUCAGCAGGUACUCGUCUCCCGAGAUGGCCUUUAACUUCAGCGAGGUGAAGAAGUUCAGCACGUGGCGCCGGCUGUGGCUGUACCUCGCGAGGGGCGAGAAGGUGUUGGGAUUGCCGAUCACGGACGAACAGCUCCGGGAAAUGGAGUCAAACCUCGACAACAUUGAUUUCAAGAUGGCAGCUGAGGAGGAGAAGCGGCUUCGCCACGACGUGAUGGCCCACGUGCACACGUUUGCUCACUGCUGCCCAAAGGCUGCUGCCAUCAUACACCUGGGAGCCACCUCCUGUUAUGUUGGGGACAACACGGAUCUGAUUGUUCUCCGCGAUGGUUUCGACAUCCUCCUGCCCAAGUUGGCUCGAGUCGUUGGCCGCCUGGCGGACUUUGCCCAGCAGCACGCUGCCCUCCCGACCCUCGGCUUCACCCACUACCAGCCAGCCCAGCUGACCACUGUCGGGAAGCGUUGCUGCCUCUGGAUCCAGGACCUCUGCAUGGACCUGAGGAACCUGGAGCGUGCCCGGAAUGAGCUGCGAUUCCGGGGGGUGAAAGGCACUACCGGCACCCAAGCCAGCUUCCUGCAACUCUUCGAGGGCGACUACAGCAAGGUCGAGGAGCUCGAUCGCCUGGUGACUGAGAUGGCAGGGUUUAAACAGGCCUACAUGGUGACAGGGCAGACGUACAGCCGCAAAGUGGAUGUCGACUCGCUGGCUGUCCUCUCGAGCCUUGGGGCGACAGUACACAAGAUCUGCACCGAUAUCCGCCUGCUGGCGAACCUGAAGGAGAUCGAAGAGCCCUUUGAGAAGGAGCAGAUUGGCUCCAGCGCGAUGCCCUACAAGAGGAACCCGAUGCGCAGCGAGCGCUGCUGCAGCCUGGCCCGCCACCUCACCACGCUGAUCCUGGACCCCCUGCACACUGCCAGCGUGCAGUGGUUCGAGCGAACCCUGGACGACAGCGCCAACAGGCGCAUCUGCCUGCCGGAAGCGUUCCUCACCGCCGAUGUAAUCCUGAGCACACUGCAGAACAUCACGGAGGGGCUGGUUGUGUACCCUAAGGUGAUUGAACGCCACAUCCGCCAGGAGCUGCCAUUCAUGGCGACUGAAAACAUCAUCAUGGCCAUGGUGAAGGCCGGCGGAAACCGGCAGGAUUGCCACGAGCGGAUCCGUGUCCUCUCUCAGCAGGCAGCUGCCGUGGUCAAACAGGAGGGAGGCGACAACGACCUGAUCUGCAGGAUAAAAAAUGACCCCUACUUCAGCCCGAUCCAUGAGCAGCUCCAGGCCCUGCUCGACCCCAAAUCCUUCGUCGGGUGCGCCCCGCAGCAGGUGAUCAACUUCCUGGAGCGGGAGGUUCGUCCGAUGCUGGUCCCCUACGCGAGUCAAAUGGAAGGGAAGGUUGAGCUGGAGCUGUGAGAAGUGGUGAGCUGGUCCCCACACCCGGUGCUGCAGCUCAUCGAAGACUCUGUGUGGGAUGUGUGCUUCUGAUUUUGUGUUCCAUUUGAGUAGAGUGUGUGAAUGAGGACAGGUCCUCCCCAGGUCACAAACACCCGACUUGGGAGCCUGUACGGUUUUGGAGACUGGUGGGAUGGAUUUGCUGGCUGCUGUGGGACAGCGGGAGUCCUCUGCCUUGUGGGAACCUCAUCAUUGUAUCUUGCAGGGAAAUUGGAGUGGUUGAAUUAAACAUCUUGGUUUGUCGAUAUGCAUAAAAUACUGGAGAUAUCGGCCGGUCAGGCAGCAUCAAUGGAGGGAAAUAAAGCGUCUUGAUGAAGCAUUUCAGCUCAAAACUUUGACUGUUUCCCUUCACAGAUGCUGUCUGACUUGCUGAGUUUCUCCAGCAUUUUGUGUGUGUUGAAACCCUUGUUUCUGGUUUGACUACACAUUGGCCUGUGUUUUUAUUUUAAUAUAUUGCCAGGUAGACAUGUUUCUGAUGGAGAACCUUUUGGGUAAUGGACAGUCCUCGGGAUCAGGACCUGGGGAGGGCCUGUCUCUCUGUGAGCAGGUCUUGAUAAGUAGUGUUUGAAAAUAUUAGAUGUGCCUAAGCUCAGCGUUACUUUGCCUGUGAAGCACAAACAGGAUAGAAAGUCUGUUUCCCAUUUCAGAGGGAGGUAAUCUCGCCCCCACCUCCAAUUCACAUGGAUCUGUGAUUGAAGAAACAUCUCCAUCAAUUUCCACUCCAAAUGUCACUCAAAAGCAUUGGGUGAUCCCAGUAAAACAUGAGUGAUGGGAUUCCAGCUGGGAGCUGGAGUGUCAUCAGUGGCCAAACAGAUAUUGUUGGUUCUGUAUAGCUCUGUGCUGCAUCUUUUUAAAAUAAAGACCUCUUGAAAUGACAUUCAGAA